UUUUUUUUGACUUUUCGGAAGAACGGGCGAGCAUGGUCAAGGACAUGGGGAGUAGAAAGCGGCGAAGGGACGAAGCGUCGUGGACAGAGGAGGGCGAGGGGCCUCAGCCGAAGCAGCGAGAUCUGAAAGAGGUAGAAGAGGGGAAAGAGGACGACAAGAAUGAGGACGAAGAUGCGGUCGGACUCGAGAAGCAAGCGCCGGCAUUUACAGGGACGGGGUCCGAGUUGGCAGCUUCGCUUGGGACAACAUCCUUUGACGCCCUUCGCAUUUCCCUUUCACGACUUCGUAGUGUCACUGCGAUCAACUAUGGGGAUCAAAGGCCAGAGCCUAGCGACAGACGCAUCCGUCUGGCCACUGAAUUCGCCAGUGCAGAUGGCGUCGGCGGGAAAUUGGGAGUCGAGGGAAAGGCGCCAAAGGGACUCUUGGAGGCAUGGGAUCUCUGCGAGGACGGUGGACAGGUCACUGUUGUGCCUCUCGUGCUCUUCUGCCUAGCCAAUGUGCUUUCGCUCUUGGGGUCACACCAGCCCACUCAUGAGCUCGGGCACGACAUCAUCGGCCUCAUCUUACCCAGCUUUCAAUCGCAAAAGUCUGCAGCUACAAUUGUGGAAACGUCGCCCCAGUCAAAAUAUUGGAACAGGCUUCAGUCUUAUCUGGCGACCAGCGGCAAUGUCGAGGCGAGCACCAAGAGAAAAGGAGUGGCGACGCCGGCGAGCAAUCAUGCAGCUAGCGAGCUCAUCACUCUGGCGGCUGUGAAGCUCAUUCUCGAAAUCACCUCGUUCGCAGGUGGAAAGCAUGCUCGUCGAGUCUUUGACUGCUUUGACUGGAACAUGAGGAAUCUGUCUCGACUGUUCAAGAUGCGCCGGCGUUCAGCGGCUGCAAGUAAAGGAGCCAAGCGAUUGGCAAAGAGUCCAGCUCCCGUGACCCUAGCUCGUCCGGACAUCCGGACUCUGUGGAUCCUCCUGCUGCUCUCGUUUCUACGCACUCCAGCUGGUGCGGCCACGCCUGUCCCUUUGCGCGUUGCUGCUCUCUCGCUGGGCACUGAUGUGCUGCCGAGCAUCUUCAGAGGUAUCGACCGCGAUCCACCAGACGUCGUCAUUCACAUCUUUCGAGCUCUACAUGACGGCGUUCUAAGCCAAGAGGCUGCCGUCGGACUGCCUCGAACCAGAGUCGUGGCCUUGUUCAACGAAUGGACGUGCAAGAACCUGGUUACUCUGUACGAGAGAGAGCACCAGACCGUCAACGUCUCCACGGGACCGCAAGGACAGAUAGAGAAGCACUCCGUCGCGGAUGUCGCCCACCACUUUCUCCUCGCCCUCUGCACGCACCCGGCCAGAGGUAUCUGUUACGUCGACAAUGGCUGGUACGGCAAAAGGCAGAGCGAAGAAGACGAAGCCGCCAGGGCCAUAGACGUCGAUAUGCAGGGGAGGAGCGAGCUGGAACAGCAAGGCCAAGGUAUUCACAAUAAGGUGCUUCUUGGUGUCUUGCGCUCUUUGGCCCCGUCUCGAUCGCGCAAGCAAGGCGAGCUGGCCAUCAGGAUUCUGGCCGCGUCACCAGAGCUCUUCGGCCCUUACCUUAGCGCCUCGACUGGGUCCUUUUCCUCGACAAGCCUCGAGCCUCGGCCAGACUCUAUCUCCUGGCUGAGCACGGGGACCUUUUUGGGUCGCACUCUGAGCCUGCCUCUCCCUUCCUUCACAUCUACACUGAAGAAGAGCGACGGGACCACUCAAACUUUGAUGAAGGGUGCUCCGCCACCAUUCAACAAUGUCAUCGCUGGUGUCAUGCCCUCUGCGAUUUCAAGAAAUUCGCUGCUCCGCGGUAUCACCCACAAGAACAACCUUACAAGGCAAGCCUCUCUCACCCUCCUCGCCAGGGUUCUGCAAAGGCUUGCCGACUUUAAAGAGGUCUGCCUGCGGGCAACAGAGGAGCUUGGGGAGCAAAUGAGCAGCAACGAGGCCAGAGGCGAGUGGUUGGCGCGGGAAGAUACUCAAGACGAGGAGUUCGACGAACUUGAUGCUAUUCACUCGGGGCCCUGGACUCGUUGCUGGCGGCAAGUCGCGCGAGAGGCAAGCCUGAGGCUUCCCGAGAUGUCGAACAUUGCCGAAGCUCUUGAGAGCAAACCCGCGAUCAAGAAGUCGGACGAUGACGCUGGGGGUGAUGCCGAAGUCCAAGGGUCGGGCAUCCUUGUCAGCGAGACGGGUCUUAGAGUGGCAUGGCUCUACCAUGUCGUCCUACCAGAGACUGGUUCCUCUUCAAGCCUUGAUAUUGGCAAGCUGGUGACCAGCGAGCUUAUGCAGUCGAAGCCAGCAUCUACGUCGGACAGCGACUCAGGGCUCGAUUCAGUCCAAUGGCUUUGUCAGCUGCAUGCUCUGCGUCUUGUCGCCGCCGCAAUCGACCAAGGCUUUUCGUCCUUCGACCUGUUUGCCCGCUCUUCGGCAACCUCCCCAACGUUUAUUUCCCAGUUCCUUCGUCUCUCUAUCACGACGUCACACAUCCAAGUACGUCAAGCAAGCCGCGAACUCGUAGAAAAGGCGAUGGCAAAGAGCGUCCUUUUCGAGCACGACAGGCACGAGUGGGUCGUAUGGAUGGAGGCAUUUGCCGCCUCCGGUCAGGACGACGAAGGCACUGCAAGUCUGGUCAAAUUCUUCGACGACUGCAUGCAACGAUGCAACAAAACGCCGUAUCGGUACAUCGAAAUGGCCCGCCGUGUCGGACAAGACGAUGGCGAGCAAGCUAGCGGCCUUCUUGCCAGUCCCCUCCUCCUGACGAUGGUCGAGCAGCUCGGCAUUCAGACGAAGAAGAAUCUUGUCGACGAAUCGACGCAACAGGAAGCAUUAGCCUUCUUUGCCCGCCUGUUUCCCAAUCUCUUGACGCUAGGUUGCUCAUCGGUCCGACUCAGCGCUCUGCUCGGGACGCUGAAGGAAGCCUUUGCGGACACUUUUGCUCUGAAGGUCGUACAUGCAAGAACUCUGUUCAUCGGAGGCAAGGCAUCUACGGACAAGGAUGGACGAUUGUCUUCAAAACGGAAGGAAUUUUUCAAAGAUUCGAAGACCUAUCGCGAGCUCAAGAACAAGCUUCGCACAAGCGCGCGACCUCUAUCGCCAACGGAGCUUCAGAGCUUGGCUGAAUCGGUCAAGGAAGUAGGGGCGCUUCAUCUUUUAGACGAACUUCAUCCUCACAUUGAAGGUGACAUUCUCCGCUUUCUGGACGAGCCCCUGCCACCUUCUCUUCUCGCUUUCUAUGCGCCAACGUGGUGCGCAACAGGAAACCUCGGCUCGAUCGAUUGGACGGACUUGAAUCCAACGGGAGCGCUGCUCUUCAUCGAGGCCCUCAAGACGGUUUCUAUCGACGGGCAGCGGGCAGCCUCAAUCCUUGAGCUGAUCGGACAUGCGAUUCUCAGAGGUCACGUACGAAGCGCGGACGUCAGGAGAGUCCUUCUUGAUGACCUGUUUCUUGGCAUGUGCGCUAGAAGAGCAUGUUUGAGCGCUGUCUUGAAACUUGCGUGCGAUCAUCUCGAUCCGAGUGAUCACGAGGACGUAGAUGCAGCUCGACGUCUCGCCAAUUUAGCAAUCUCGAACGUAGGAGACAAGAUAGAAGCAGCUAGAGGCAUCGUCGCGUUUCUUGAUGCGACUCAACGUCGACAGUGGCUGGAGAAGCUGUUGAAAGCCAUUCAACAUCGAGGCGCAGACGGCAUCGAAGAGGAAGCCGCCUUUGCAUCGGAAAUCUUGUCCAUCGAGCAAGGGGAGGUGGAUCGUUCGAGUGUUGCAGUCGGCAUCGUUUUGGACAAUCUUUCGCCUCUCUUGGAAGCCGCAGCGCGGUCAGGUCAAAAUCAGGCUUCCUUGCUUUCUCUCGUGUCUCUCUCGCUCCCAACAGAGAGCCAGAACGUCAAUCCGAGGGAUUUAGAUGAGAAAAAGCUGUCAAGAUCGGUGUCAUUGCUGGUCGCGAACAUCCAGGACGAGCAUAUAGUCGACACUGUGCUGGAGCAGCUCCUUAACGUUUGUUCCCAACUCGCGACGGGGGUCCUGGCAGCCAUCGUCGAUGUUGGUCGUGCAGGCACUCUGCCUCGAUCAUGCUCUCGAGCUCUCGAGAUCGUGAAAGUGGCUGGCGGCUCUUUGACGGCUAUGAAAGAGAACCAAAUGUCGGCACUCACGUCAGAUUGCGUGCGCUCGCUCUUCAGUGGUGUAGAGGGGGCUCGACCGGCCUUGCAGCAAGCCGUAAAGGAUCUGGACGAAAUCAUGGAUCAGAACUCCACCGUGCCGUCGAUGCUGGUCGAACUCUUACCCCGUGUUCCCGGCGAUGCUUUCAAGAUCGACGCCAUCGAGGUGCUAUAUGAUCUUGUUGCCGCGUCUUCAUCGACCCAGAGCGCCAAUUUAGAGCUCAAGCUGGCCGUCGAAGCCAUACUUGAGCGAGGUCUUUUGUGGCUCGUGCGACGAUUUGCCGAAGACGACGAGGACUCGCCCCUUCUCGUCGAUUCAAUCGUGUGCUUCGCUCGACUCAUCAAUGAAGCGACUGAGAAGCUAGCCAUAAAUCCGAAGCGACACCUCUCCGAGCCUGUCGUGACGGCGGCAAUCAAGAGAAGGCUCUCAAGCGCUCAGCACCUUCGACUAGUCAAUGCCUUGAUUAGGCAUGCCGACCUGGAGGUCAAUUCCUUGGCCCUACAUCUCGGCACAAUUCUCGCGUCGUCUACCUUUAAGAUGCUUCGACCUACUCCAGAGAUGAGCUCAAGUGUAAAGGAUGUCCGCGAACAAGUCGCAGAGAUCCUCUGCCGCCUCGUCGGCAGGUCUACGGACCUGUGCAGACCGGCCACGAUGGCUUCGAUGGUGACAAUCUACGGAGGAUCACUGUCGCGAUCCGAUCGAAAGCUAAUGGAUGCAAUGCGCAUCUUUGAGCUUUCGACCGGUCAAUCGAGCCUUUCGCUCUGGAGGAGCUGGAAUCCUCAGGGACAAGCCAACCGCGAAGGCACAAAGGGACUAGAUGCGCUCUUGGCCCUUGAUCCGCUGCGUGUCUUUGCGACUUGCACAUCCUUUCCCCGACAGAGGUCCUUUGGAGGCAAGCGAGCCGGCUUCACCCGUCCUGAUGGCGGCAUCGAUGGGUCGAAGGUGUACGACCCACUCUUUGUCUUGGGGCUAUUCUCAUCGACAUUGGCAUCACUCGGGCCCAUGACUGGCUGGCAGUGGGUGUCGGUUCUCAGAACCAAUGCGCUGGGCGUGGUCGUGUGCUGCCUCAGCUCGCUCAGCGGGGAAGUACGAACUUCGGCUACUAAGCUUCUCGCACGAAUCUAUGCCGAUGUGCAGAACGUUCAAUUUCUCGAGCGCGGCCACGUCCUUCUCAUUCUAGACGCGGCUCGGAACAUCAUGGGCGUCUCCGACGGAGUUCCAGCAUAUCAGCCUCUGACGACAACGCUAUUCCUCGCCCAUGCUCUUCGCUGUCUGGCAGCUCCUUCGACGGUGCUCUUCCCUUACACGAUGCACCAUCUCCUCCAGCGACCGCUGUUUGACGGGUCCGAUGUGCCAUUGCUCUUCAACUCGAUCUUCUCUUCGACCGACCACGUGCGGCAGGAGCGUGGAUGGAUGUUGCGCUUUAUCCGCGACGUGCUCCAAAGCGGAGGCAGUGUGGAGUGGGAUAUUCUGAGACGACGGCAUGUCUGGGAUCUCAUCGUGAGCCUCUACACGACGGCUCCCGAUCGAAGCACGCGGUCCAUGAUCGAGGAUGUUGUCAUGGCCAUGGCACGGAACGAGGCAGCCAUCUUUGACGUGGUGCUGAGGGGCGAUCUCUUUGGAUGGAUUAUCCAGCAGCUCAGCCUCUCGAGUAGUGCUGGCGCGCACAGACGCAUCUGGCUCGACCUUCUCGAAGCCGCUACGGACACACUUGAGAAGAUAAGUGACGGACCCAAGGUGUCGGACAAAGUGAUCGCGAGAGCUUUGCAGGCUCUUGAACAGGCGGCAGACGAGAGCUUGCUUCUGCAGGAAGACGAUCACGGAGAAGCGGCUGUCGCAGCAGCUGCCUCAACCCUGAGACGACUCCUAGGCAGGCUCGACGGCAAGCCACCUGCCCAAGUAGGGGUACCGAGCAAGAUGGUGAGCAACUUGCUCGAUCUUCUGCUCAGAGGAUGUCAAGCAAUGCAGGGCAGACUAAAGAUGGGGGAGGAAGAGGAUGGAAAGGAGGAGGAAGGCAUGGAGGUAUGGGAGGAGGAGGACACCGACACGAACAAGAGAAGGCGGCAGGAGGCUGUAAAAGCCCACCGGAGGUUGUGCCGGGCAAUUUCAGAUGUCGGGGAGGCGGCGACAUCGAUCGCAUCUCCCCACUCCCACGCUGUCAAUACAGCGGCCCAGAGGCUCGCGGUGGAAUUGGGCAUCCGGCACGCACGGCAGAUCCACAUCAAAGGAGUGCUCUCGUCAUCAUCAUAAGCGCCCUUAAGAACAUCGAUAGACACAUACAGCUAUGGAAAAUAAAGUAAGACCCUCGUCGCGUUUUUUUGCCCCGAUGUCGUCAGCCAGCUUCGACAAAAAGCUGUGUAGCUACUCAGGAUGAUACUCUUUGUGUGGCAAAAG